UUGGUCUCCGACGCAAAAUCGGAGCAGAAAUCCGCGAGGGCAGCAGUGUUCAUGGCGGCCUCGAAGCUACAAGCCUUUUGGAAUCACCCGGCUGGGCCAAAAACCAUUCACUUCUGGGCUCCUACAUUCAAGUGGGGCAUCAGCAUUGCCAAUGUUGCUGAUUUCACGAAACCACCUGAGAAACUCUCCUACCCCCAGCAAAUAGCGGUUACAGCUACUGGACUUAUCUGGUCACGUUACAGCACUGUAAUAACUCCGAAAAAUUGGAACCUAUUUAGUGUAAAUGUCGCAAUGGCAGCAACAGGGAUAUACCAACUCACUCGCAAAUUGCAGCAUGACUAUUUCUCCGAGGCAGAUGCGGCUGUCGCUAAAGAAUGAUGACGAAAAUCUGAGAGAAUCUGAACUUGUGAUACUGGGUCUAGAAGCCAUUCGUUUGACCUGACCGUAAUCUUGGGCUUUGGAGUUCUUUUGGGAAAUUAUUGGCGAUGGGAGGCUCUGGUCCUCCUU